AUGAAAUCCAAAAAUCUAGCAAGUUUCAGCGUCAGUCUGACUUUGAGCUUGAUGAUGGUGUUGGGAGAUGUGUGUGCGGAUGAGAUGGGGAGUGUAGAUGCAAAUGUGAAUGUGGAUGCGAGUUUGGAGGGAGAGUUUGCGAGGGAGUUUAAAGGGGUGUGGGGGAGGGCGUUGAGUAAUUUGCAGAUCUUCACGGGUUCUUUGGGUGAUGUAUCGGCGGAUCCGAUAACUAAUUCCGGGGAUCAUGCGAGACCUUAUAUGGUUGCGGGGGAUACUUUUCCAGCAUUCGCAGACGCUUACUCUCGCUCCUGCGCCAAUCAAAACAACAAAUGCGCUGACGCAGCCAACAAUCCUGCAAAAGCAGCUGCAGAUUUAAGUGUGGAGGGUUGUCAAACUCAGGAGUGUAUGUUUAUCCCUUCUAAUUCUUCUUCUUCUUCCUCUUCUUCUUCAAAACAUACAUCAUCGCAUUUGGUGAAGAGACAAGCGAAUUCUUCUCAUGGGAUUUGGGUGGGUAGGUUGUUUGGGGUUUUGAGGGGAGUGGUGUUGUUUUUUCUGGGGAGCUUUGGCAUCGUGCUUAGCAGCGGGAGCAACGGCUACGCAGACGAACUUUCAGGUGCUAACGAGUUCGAAUGCGGAGUUUGAUUUUAUUUGUG